CUGGUGAGAAAUGCCAUGAUGUAACCUCAGGAGAUGGAGAUUCUACACUAGUCAUCAGAGGUCUCUCCAUGAGUGGGUUUUGUUGGAACAUGAUUUAGGGUAGGACUGUUGGACUGGCGCACUAUUUGAGGUGAAGUUUACAUCGUUCAGCGCUGGAAGGCUUCCCUCCUCGAUCAGUCAGCUGGAUUCAUCAAGUCUGGGGAAUCUACACUUCAUUACUAGCUCUUCUCCUUUCCACUGAGAGGGACUUUAGUCAGUCUUUGAAAUGGAUGAUUUGAACGGAACUAUCAAUCCAAGAUGUUUAGGGGAUCGCCCGCUGACUGUGGAGGUCAUUAAUUACUUAAGUUUGUUCGGGAUUGCUCUGUACACCAUCCUCACAUUCAUGACCUUGGUGUCGAUUAUAGUGUAUUUAGAGAUGUGUGUGUACAUCUACAAAAAAGUGCCCUACCCAAAGAAGACCAACAUCAUAUGGAUCAUUGGAGCUGCACCAGUCAUUUCUACCAUGUGUUGCCUUGGACUGUGGAUCCCGAAAGCCACUAUGUUCACAGAUAUGACUUCUAACUCAUACUUUGCUAUCGUAAUCUACAAGUUUCUAAUCCUCUUGUUCGAGGAGUGUGGGGGCGAAGAGGCCUUCCUGAGGUUCUCUGAGAAGAAGACGAUCAAGGUUAGCACGGGACCCUGCUGCUGCUGUUGCCCCUGUCUGCCCCCAGUGCCUAUUACACGGCGCUUGCUGUUCCUGCUAAAGCUGGGGUCUCUGCAGUACGCCAUUCUGAGGACCGUGUUCUCCAUCUUCUGUAUUGCAUUAUGGGCCAAUGGAAUCUUUGAUAUUUCAACUCUGAGUAUAUAUGGAGUUGCACUUUGGAUAAACUUAUUUGUAGGAGUGCUGACAAUCAUUGGCUUGUGGCCUAUAGGAAUCAUGUUCAUGCAUGUACGCAACACACUGCGCACCGUCAAGAUCAUGCCCAAGUAUGCCAUGUAUCAGCUGGUCUUUGUUCUGAGCCAGUUACAGGCAGCCAUUAUCAAUAUCCUGGCCGUUAAUGGCGUCAUUGCCUGCUCACCACCCUUCUCCUCCGUUGCCCGAGGAUCUACGUUUAGUCAGCAGCUAAUGAUUGUGGAGCUGUUCGUCAUCACGCUGGUGACCCGGAUGCUGUACCGACGCAUGUAUGAGCCGGUCAACCUGGACCCGCGUGAGAACGACAACGAGAUGAACGUUAAGAUCAGCCUGUGCCCUAACUCAGUGGAGGAGCACACAGCCUGAUAGAGAGAGAGAGAGAGAGAGAAAGAGAGAGAGAGAUCUAUUUAUGAAAUGUAUCAAUGCCUUUUUAAAAUGCUUUGUUGAAAAAGUGUUAUAGUGUAUCAAUAUUUCUUAUAGCAGUGCUAUAAGUUUAAGCACAAGUCUUAAGUGCAUAUGUGCCUCACUUUUUUAUAUGUUCACUAGUUCAGGAAAUAACUUUUCUUAUAGAAUGAUCACUUCACUUUAUUGCUUGCCUUCCAGGCCUUAAUUUCCAACCAGGGAUCAGGGUUGAGACAUAACAGAAUUAUUGGGCAUACAUAUUCUGAAGUUUAAUAUCGGUAUUCAGUCCAAGUUAUAUUUUGUAAAGGCAGUAUUCAGAAUACACUUACCCUUUACAUUUUUAUGAGAACACUACCCAUUAAAUUAAAAAAAAAGCCUGAGUAGACUGAAAAACAAU